CAAUUGUUCACUACUGUCAUGAUUCAUGCCUGAUAUAGUGCUCAAUAUUUACUUUGACAAAGAUCAACUCAGUCAGAAUUGUUGGAGUUGCAAAGAGAGAAAUGAAGAGCCAUGCAUGUCAGAGAAACAGUAGCAAGGAUAGAUGAUUCUUUAUAGCUAGUUAGAAAGUCUAUUUCCAUGGUUGCAGCCAAGCUCGCUAUUCAAUCACUGGAGGUUCAAUAAGAAUAAAUCCAGGCUAAUAUUGGAAAGACAGAGAUGCACAGAUUGAGAUUGACUUUGAAGGGGGAAUUUUAGCAAUAUAUGAAAACUCACAUGGCUGCAAUUUGGGAAGAGAUUCUUAUAGCACAUGUAAGGAAAGUCUCCACCAUGCGUCCAUAAGGAAGGAGGCCACCACGGAUCAUGGAGCAAAAAAGGAGGAAAAGGAUUUCUUUGAGAAGGAUCAUGCAUAUGAUUGAUUCAACACAACUGUUGCCCAUAAAAAAGGAUAUGGAAGUUUCCAUGUAGAGGGGGGCGGGGGCGCGGAGAGAAUAGACACACGGAAAGAAAUCGGGAGGCCACAUGGCGCAGGGAGGCAGAGAGAAGAAAAGCUUGAGAUGAAAAACAGAGAAGAGGGGGAGAGGAAAAAGCAUCCACAAGGUUGGAGAGACAACCAAAGAAAACCAGGAGAGGAAGAGUAUUCGGGAUUUUUGAGGGAGUAAGCUGAACUGUGAAGGAGCAGAGAAGAGGUGAGGCUGUGCUGGCUUGUGAAGUUUUUGGAGAAGAUGGAUCCCACUUGAAGCCAAGCGUGAGCAUGGUUUGAGUAGAGUUCUCCCAGGUAUGGUUCUUGUCAUUUACUAUUCUCUCAUUCACAUUCUGUUCUUCUUUAUUCUCUUUCUAAUUCCUAGACAUCGUUUGUAUUGGUAUGGACAUCACGAUCACUUGUUUGUUUGUUGAAUCUGAUUGCUUGUAACCUUUCUCUGUUUUAGUCGUAUUCUUGGAUUCUUUGUUUUUCCCUCUGUAAGCAGCUGGAUUAAUUCUCGAGUCUGGUGCUUGGUGAUCAUAUAUCUGCUUCCAUGCCUGUCUCACCUGUUCAUAGCCCAUUGAUUCGAAACAUGAAACUCGGCUUUUCUUGGUUCAUUCUGUUUCUAUUUUUUGUGCUCUGUUUUUGGAUACCUUUCCCUGUUUCCGAUACUUAUCUAUGAGGAUUCUUCCCAAUACUGUUGGAGCAUGGAAUUCAAAUUUGGAAGAACGAGAUGGAAAGAAAAUGCAGGGAAUACAGUGAUUUCAUAUCUAGUAAGAGCAGGGAUGGUUCAAGUUUUGCUGGAAGUUAUUCAUCCUUUAUAUCACAGCAACUAUCAGCAUAUUCAGGAAUGAGGAGGUUUUGGCUCUCCAUCUUCUUUGGAAAACAGUCCAUCAGAAAGUGAAUAGUUGUCUCAUGAACUACAAAAUGGCUCAGAUAAACCUCCCAUUAGCAUUCUUCAGAUCAUAACAAACAUCAUCUCCAUUGGCAUGGGGAUCUCUGCUGGAUGUGUCUUCAGUUCACCUAAUCCUGCAAACAACCUGUGGUGGUUUCUCGGUUCAGGCUAAAGGUUUUAUUGUGGAGUCCCCAUACGGGAAUAAGGCCCCUAAUUGAAAUGGAUAUGUUUUCCAAUAGACUGCAAUGCUUCCCACUCAACAAAAGCAAUUUGUUCUUUAGAAAAUUUACAUGGUUCUGAAGAGCAUACUAUUCUAAGUGUUGAGGAUGGGUUGGAAGUGACUGAUGGUCAGGUUGGCAUGCCACUGAUGGCAAUGAAGCCCCAUAGAAACUGGGAGAUCAGUCUUCACGGCAUUGACACCAUUAUAGAGAUGGACUUCUCAUAUGGUUUUAGAGGGGAAAUAUUUGGUGCUUUUUUUUGUAUGCAGUUGCUAAGGUCUUCACAGGAUAAAGCUGAUAUACUUAUGUUUCCCUUGAAAGCUGAUCUGGAUAGGAAAAUUACAUAUGAUGAUGAUAUAAGGCCUAUUUCAGUGUCUCUUGAAUCUUUUGGACCAUGGGCGCCCUUGCUCAACCAGCAAUGACAGUACCUCCCACUCAGCAGAUGCCACAUGUAGAACAACCAAUUCCUCCACAAGUUAGCCAUCCUUCUGAACCUUCACGUGGACAACCCUAUGGCUAUCCCUCUUCUGGUCAAGUUCAAGAUUACCUUGCUGUUUAUUCUCUUCUUCACAUGUAUGACCACCUUGGUGCUUCUCCAUUACUUUAUUGAACAAAGUAGACAGAUGGGAUGAGGUUAUGAAGAUUGUUCAGCGUGUCUAGAAACUCAUGAGAAACAAGGUGGAUUCAGAAUUCAAGUUCAGAAGCAGCAGAUGAUAAUGCCAAGAGAAUAGACCUAGCCAAGAGCCACCUACCAGGCCAAGAUGGAAUUUGUCCUUCAACCUGAUUCUGUUCAACACUGAAAGAGAUGAUUGAUUAUGAUAAACCACUGAAUUUACCUGGCAAAAACCCCGUGCAAAUGAUUGUGCAAAUCAUUGAAACUCAAAGACGCUAUUUCUAAUGGCAGGAUUGCACUAGAAACUCCAUCUCAAGAACCUUCAACAACCACUUCAGAAAGGGCAGUAAAGCAGACUGAAAUCCAUAAAGGCUUUGAUGAAGCCGCACUUUCUAUUGAUGAUUUGGUAGAUCGGAUUGCUGAGGUCCUCAACUCUUUUAGGACUCGGUGCAGUGAUGUACAUGGGAGUUUUGACUGAGCAGCUUGCAUUCCAUACAGACGCUACAGUUGGGGAUUUUCUUAACUCUACUUUCGGCAAUGCAACUUGAAAAAAACCUGGAUAAGACUAACAACCUUGUACCUAAAAAAGAGAUCAUCUCAAAAACCAUGGAUGGGCCUAUGGAUUAAUGACAGCUGUGAUAUCAAUUCUGGAGGUCCUGUUACAACAUCUUUACAAAAUUCUUCAUUUGGUAAGAUGAAUUCAGAAGUGUUCUAAGAGGAAUCAGUCAGAAUCCAGAUGCAAAAAAAGAAGAAUGAGUUAUUUGGCUCUUUCUUUAGAGUGAAUCAAAUACUGGGUCGGAGCUUAAGGUGAAACUGCAGAAAGAGUGUCUCAAGCAGGAGGUUAUCAUGAACUUGGAUGGCUAUCGUAAAGGAAGAACUAAGACCGAUCUCGCUGAAGCUAGUGGUAGUUCCCCAGAUCAUGCAGGUGAUGAUAAUCUUAAUGGGCAGCAAGCUUUGGAACAUGGGGAAAUAGAAGGAGUCGAAUCAACUCAAAGCAGAGCUUGUUUCUCUGAAAUUCGACAAUGGCUGGUUCCAGUAAUUCUGCACUAAAGCUGGGUCAAAGACUUGCAUCCUGUGGUGAAUCCGUUUCACUUGCUUCGUAAAGCAAAAACCAGAAUUCGGAGACUGCAAUCUGGUUAGAAAAUUAGAUCCCUUUAGAGCCAACUUGCCAUCCAAAUCUUAAAGGUUCAGAAUUUCUAGUUAUUUGAGGUGAAAUUAAGAAUCAGUCUUGUUCAUUCUCCAGCAAAGACAUAGUUCAGAAUAAUCCAGUAGAUGCUUCAAUCCUAGAUUUUGAGGGGGCAAAUUGUGAUAAAGAUUGAGCGACACAUCUAAUGAUGAUUUUUUUUUUUUUUUUUUUUGUGUAAACAGAAUUUAGUGGCCUCUAAAAUACCAGAAACCAGAGAAGAGUCUAAACCAACCGCUGGAAUAGCACUUCCACGCAUUUCAGAGGAGAUUGCAAAACCCCAAUGUUUGUUCAGAUCAGCCCAAGUGCUGCAGACUUAGGAGAGGCCCUUUGCUCACUGAACUUUGCCAGCAGAGUCCGGGGAAUUGAGAGUGGUCCUGUUCGUAAGCAAGCAGAUCUCACCGAAAUUUUCAAGUAUAAGCAAAUGGCAGAAAACCUAAAGCAUGAUGAGAAGGAAACCAAAAAAUUACAGGAUAACUUGCAGUCACUGCAAUUAAAACUUGCAGCCAGAGAACAUAUCUGCAGAAGUGUUCAAGAGAAGGUCCGAGACCUUGAAAAUCAAUUAGCAGAGGAAAGGAAAACCAUAUUAAAACAGGAAACUAGGGCCAUUGCUGCUGCUUGUCCAAAACCUCCUGCCUCAUCCUCUUUAAAACAACCACUGAAGACCAUAGCAGUGAAAAGGCCAGCUUUAGGUCCCUCAAAACCAAGGAUGCCCUUGAGAAGAAUCUCCAAUUUCUUGCUCCCACCAUCUCCAAUCCCACCCCACAAAACCAUGAGUUCCUCUUCCAUCCAUCCAGCUUCAACAGAUGACAAAGAAAACAUGCUCAGACCAACAGCUGCAGCAACCAAUACAAAAUCCUUUUUGCAACCAAGACGGACCUCCAUUGCUGUCAGAGUUCCUCCAACAUCAACAGCUCAGGUUCUUCAGCCCAAGAGACGAGUCUCCAUUGCAGCAUUCCGCCCUGAAUGAAAGUCACGCAUGACCACACCCCUCAACACUCAAUUAAAGAGUAGAGGUGCAGUCGGCAGGCAAUCCUUUGUGAGGGACCCACAUAGGAUACGGCUUAUAUCAAGGAUUUUCGCUCCAUUGAGGAGGGCAUCCGGUGCAACAGUGCAGGCAACACCAACUGCCAUGAGAAGCAGUAGUAGAUUCAUGGGCUCAUCGCUGCAGGCAACACCAACUUCCAUGAGGAGCAGUAGUAAAUUCAUGGGUAGUCCUUCUAUGGAAGCAGGUUCAUUGAGGUCAAAGUACCCAGCAAUAAUUGCCUCUGCAAAGGAAACAGUUAGUGUGGAGCCCACUGAAGAUGAGGGGCGGCAUGAGAAAUUACAGAAGGUCAUUAGUACCUUCUUGAUCACCCACUGGGGUAUGAAUAAAGUCUCAGCCUGUAUCAUCAAUUACACUAAAAUGACAAACUCUUUCUCUCCCUAUCCAUUUUUCAAUUUUUUGUUCUUUUGGAUUUUAUUGCCAUUGUAUCCUCUUACUAAGAUCAACAGUUCCUUGUUGAAAUCUUGUCACGGUUUCUUAGUUUCCCAUAAACAAGUGUUUCUAACAUUUGCUC